AAGCUUGCAUGGGUCAUUGCAUAAUUAUAUGAGGUGAUUCUCGCGAUUUACAUCACAAAGGUGGAGGGGAACACUACCGAAAGCAGGGACUAGACUUCUAGAUCUAUUUAUGAAUUGUGAAUAGAUUUUCACAAAAUAAGCGUUUCAUAAACUGAAAACUGUUACUCAUUGAAAAUGAGUGGUUUUGUCGGAGAUUUAAGUGAGAAGCAAUCGAAAGCACUGAAUGAGCUAAAAUCUAGAUUAGAUGGAGUUGAUCUUCCCGAACCAGAUGAUGUUAAUAUUGAUUCCUACCUCUUAAAAUGGCUCAGGGCUCGUCAAUUUAAUGUUGAACAAGCAGAACAUAUGCUAAGAAAUCAUUUAUCAUUCAGGGAAAAGUGGAACGUGCAAUCGCUGCUAGACAAUUGGCAUCCACCCGAGGUGCUGGACAAAUACAUGGUCGGAGGCUUGUGCGGGUUCGACAAAGAGGGCUCACCUGUUUGGUACGAGCCGUUUGGUUACUUUGAUCCGAGGGGUGUGGUUCUGUCGAGUACGGGAAAUGACCUGACGAAAAUGAAGAUCCAGAUAUGUGAAGAAAUCCUCUCUCAGCUCAGGUCACAGACAAAGAAGCUAGGGAAGCCGAUAGACAGGAUGGUGAUUGUGUUUGACUUGGAGAAAGCAGGUCUCUCCCACAUCUGGAAGCCAUUCAUCGAUCGAUACAACCUCAUCCUGCAAAUAUUUGAAGCCCACUACCCAGAAAUGCUCAAAAAGUGCUUUGUGAUCAAUGCUCCAGCUUUCUUCUCCAUUGGUUUCAACUUGAUCAAGAAAUUCCUGAGUGAAGCUACCAAGAAUAAAGUUGUUGUUCUUGGAGGGAAUUAUCAGGAUGUAUUAAAAGAAGCGAUAGGUGAAGACUUGCCUGCUCAUUUUGGUGGUACAGUAUGUGACCCAGAUGGUGACCCCCGCUGCGUGUCAAAGGUGAGAGGUCAUACAGCUUACAAAUCUCUUCACCCCUUCAUGACUUAA